CCUCCUUCUCUUUAUGAGCGUCACCCCUCAGUCAGUGAGAGGAGAACAUCUCACAUGAACUCAUCUUAGUCAAAGUUUCUCUCUCCUCUCUGGUUUGUCGGAGUAAAAAAGAAGAAGAAAACCCGCCUCCGUUGGGUCUUUUACGCGCGGAGCCCCCCGCUGCGCGCCCCGCAGUGCCCCGCUCCCUCAGCUGAUCCCCCCCGGUGAUGGACGACGACUUCCUCUCCAACCUUCCCCCGUCCCUGCCCGAGGCUCUGAGCCCCAACUCCACCGAGGAGCCCGGCGGGUGGGAGUCCUCGGACAGCGGGGAGACGGUCCACUUCGUCGUGCGCUGCGUCAUGACCUCGGUCUACACCCUCAUCAUCACCGUGGGCCUGCUGGGCAACAUCACCCUGCUGAAGAUCUUCGUCACCAACAGCGCCAUGCGCAGCGUGCCCAACAUCUUCAUCUCCAGCCUGGCGGCGGGAGACCUGCUGCUGCUGCUCACCUGCGUGCCGGUGGACGCGUUCCGCUACUUCUCCGAGGAGUGGGUGUUCGGCGAGGCGGCGUGCAAGCUCAUCCCCGUCAUCCAGCUCACCUCGGUCGGCGUGUCCGUGUUCACGCUCACGGCGCUCAGCGCGGACAGAUACAAGGCCAUCGUUAACCCGAUGGACAUCCAGACGUCCAGCGCCGUCUUCUGGACCUGUCUGAAGGCCGUGUCCAUCUGGCUGCUGUCUGUCCUUCUGGCUGUCCCCGAGGCCGUCUUCUCCCAGGUUGUCUCCAUGCAGGGUCAAAGAGACUUCUCUAACGUCACCUUCGUGAACUGCGUUCCUUACCCGCUGUCCAACCAGAUGCACCCUAAGAUUCACUCGGUGAUGAUCUUCCUGGUUUACUUCCUGGUUCCUCUGACCAUCAUCUCGGUGUUUUAUUACCACAUCGCACGCACGCUCAUCCAGAGCGCCCACGACAUGCCGGGGGAGGUCAGCGAACACACCAAGAGACAGAUGGAGACGAGGAAGCGUCUGGCUAAGAUCGUGCUGGUCUUCGUAGGCCUCUUCGCCCUCUGCUGGUUCCCCAACCACGUGCUCUACAUGUACCGCUCCUUCCACUACCAGCAGAUGGACCUGUCUCUGGCUCACCUGGUCAUCACCCUGGUGUCCCGGGUCCUCAGCUUCUCCUCGUCCUGCGUCAACCCCUUCGCCCUCUACCUGCUGAGCGAGAGCUUCCGCAGGCACUUCAACAGUCAGCUGCGAUGUGUUCAAGGCUCCGGCCCCGAGCGCCACGCCAGCUACAUGCACAGCACCUCCCACAUCCGCCUCACCUCCAUCAAGAAGACCACGCCCACCGCCGCCAUCGGCGCUCCGCCGGCCAAUGACAGCACGGGCAGACGGGAAGUGGCUCUCUGAGGCUUUUUCAUUGCCCCAGUCGCUCCUUUCACACCUUCUUCUUCUUCAUAUUCAACAUAACUCUGCAACCAAAGCAAGAGAGGACAGACGGUCCUGUCCACAGGGUGGUGCCCACAGCUCCACUGUGGAGAUCCACAGAGAUGUUAACGGGUACGGAGGGUCAGACGUAGAGACCAGAGCAGCAUCCACCUCUCAUCUGGGGACCGGUGGGGGACCUUUGACUCUGGACCCCUGCCUGCUACUUCUGUUAGAUGAAGUUGUAGCAGAGGCCUCUUCAACAUGUUUGGCUGGUGUUUGGUUGGUGUUUGGUUGGUGUUCGGUUGGUGUUUGGUUGGUGUUUGGUUGAUGUUUGGCUGGUGUUUGGCUGGUGUUUGGUUGGUGGU